AUGGUCCGUAAACUUCUGAAGCCAUGGGUUUUCAUGAGCGUAUCGAUAUUCUACCUGAGCCUUACCAUCUUCAAACUGGUUCUGGCCCGUGAUUUUGCGACUCUGCUCUCGUGGGAAGCCUUCAACGACGCCUGGUUCGGUAACCUUUGGACCUUCAUGGGACCCCGCUCCAAGUCGGAAGGAGAGAGAUGGAUUGAACCGCUCCUCCAAGGCCGAAUCAAAGAUGGAAGCAUCAUCGACGGAGACGCUGUCGCAUCUACGCCGGCCAUCCAUGGUGUCGUCCUCGAGAUUGGCGCGGGGAGCGGCAUGUGGAUGUCUGUCCUGGCCAAGGUGGCCCGCUCAGCCGCCGUCAGCAAGUUCGGAGGCCUUCGCAAAAUCUACGGCGUUGAACCAAACCCCAUAUCGGCAGCCACCCUGAAGAGACGUGUGUCAGAGAUCGGUCUGGAGGGAUCGUACGAGGUCCUCCCCGUCGGCAUCGAGAAUCUGCAGAGAGAGGCCUCCGUUGAACCGGGGAGCAUAGAUUGUAUCAUGACGGUCCAGUGCUUGUGUAGCAUUCCGGAACCUGAGAAGAACAUCAAACUUCUCUACCACUACCUCAAGGAUGGAGGCCGGUGGUACGUAUACGAGCAUGUCAAAUCUGACAAAGGACUAGCUGCACCCUUGAUUCAGAGAUUCACAAACUUCUUUUGGGAAUUCUUCAUGGGAUCCUGUCAUCUUUGCCGUCCAACCCGUGAUUGGAUCCUAAACUCGGGUAGCUGGGACAGUGUCGAUCUGACAGCACGUUCGGACGAGACAGAAUUCGAAAUGAUCCCGCAUAUAAUCGGCAGUUUGACAAAGUCAUCGUAG